AUGCACGUACCUUAUCUUUUGGUUGCUUCGACUCUGAAUAUUUUGCCGAGUGUCUUUGGACGCAACAUCAUUGAUCUCCCCUCCGACUACGAGACUGUCCAAGUCAUCUCUGGGCUUCAGGAACCUACGGCUACUCAGUAUCUGCUUGGGCGUGACCUUGGCGGUGCGAGAUGUGGCGCGGGAUUUGGUCGCUGCUCCAACGGCAAUUGCUGUUCUACUGCCGGGUACUGUGGAAACACUACGGCUCACUGUCGCUCCCCGGAUUGCCAAAUCGACUAUGGCCAUUGCGAUGCACAUGCCACUCCAGGAGGCCCGUCGACGGAGGCCAUUCCACGACCAAAACUUGGGAAGGUUGCGUACGGCCCAACCGCGAUUCGCUCUUGCACUACCCCCGGAACCGUUGCUUUAACCUACGAUGAUGGACCCAACCAAUACACCCGUGAUCUUCUGGACCUUCUCGAUAAAUACGACGCCAAGGUGACAUUUUUCGUCACCGGAAACAACAACGGCAAGGGCCAGAUUGACAGUCCGGAGGUACCUUGGGCCCCCCUGAUCCAGCGCAUGGUGCUUAGCGGACAUCAAGUGGCUAGCCACACUUGGUCUCAUCAGGAUCUCAACAAAAUUUCCCAAGUCCAGCGCCGCACUCAACUGCUGUGGAACGAAGUUGCACUUCGGAACAUCCUUGGCUACUUCCCUACCUACAUGCGUCCGCCUUAUUCGAGCUGCACUACAGAUACCGGCUGCUUAAGUGACAUGGGUGAUCUCGGAUACCACGUCAUUCUCUACGACAUCGAUACCGAGGACUAUAGCCAUGAUAGUCCAGAGACAAUCCAACGCUCCAAGGACAUCUUUGAUGAGAACCUAGCUCGUGAGCAGAGCUUCUACAAGUCCUGGCUUGUCAUCGCACAUGAUGUACAUGAGCAGACUGUCCACAACCUCACAGAACACAUGCUGCAGAAACUUAUGGCCGACGGAUAUCGUGCAGUGACUGUCGGAGAAUGCCUAGGUGACGCGGUCCAAAACUGGUAUCGCAGAGAUGAUCAGGUCAAGGUCCCGGGAAACCCCAAGCCGGAACCUCCUGUGGAAAACAUCUCGCCUGACGGAAAGUGUGGUGGGUCAGUGUCGUGCGUCGGAUCUGACUUUGGCAUGUGCUGCGGUGGAAAGGGCCUCUGCGGCAACACGACCGAAUUCUGCGGAGAAGGUUGCCAGCCAAAUGCCGGUUAUUGUCAGGCCGACUUCUUCGAAAGCAGCCAGCAACAGGCUGGGCCUGGUAUUGUUGGGUCUGAUCCAUUGGGCGACAGCAUCAACCAAGACAAGAAGUUUUUCAAGUCAGAUGCAAGCUCACGCUUUGGUCGGGCCUCUCUAUCACUGGCUUCGGUAUUCUUAUUUGCCAUGGCAUUACUGUAA